CAUCUACGGACAAGAUCAUCUCACUUGCCACGUGUCACGUAAAGAAUGGAAGAAAUCUUGUAUCUCAUGCCAGGUCAGCACCACCUCCUACUCAAAGUCACCACCAACUAGCCUUGUAUCCACUUUAGCUAAGGCAGCAAAGCUUGUCAUCCAAUCAAUUUCAGGAAGAAAACAGAUUCUGCAGAAGCACCCCAUUUUUUGAUGGUGGUUCAAGUUUCUCCAUCGUUUCCCUGAGAGCAGAUAAACAGAGAAUUAUGCCAUGGAGGCCCUCAAUGCAGCAAGCUUGACACCCCUCUCCGAUUGUCUCUCGCGAAGUUUGCAUGGGGGCCUUGCGCUGCUGUCUUCAGUUUUCACCGGUGGUUUUGCCCAAGCUUUAACAUACGAAGAGGCGUUGCAGAAGUCCUCAGGGUCCUUCGGUUCUCAAUUUGAAUCAAGUGGGGCUCUUGAUAGUGUUGUUGGUUUUGUAACGGAAAACCCUGCAAUUAUAGCCGGAGGUGCUGCUAUUUUGGCAGUUCCUAUUGUUCUGUCUCAGGUGUUUGGCAAGUCUAAGCCAUGGGGCGUGGAGUCUGCAAAGAGUGCUUAUGCAAAGUUGGGGGAGGAUGCCGGUGCUCAGCUGCUUGAUAUAAGAGGGCCUAAGGAACUUAGGAAAGUCGGUAGUCCUGAUGUCAGGGGUUUGGGAAAGAAGCCGGUAUCGAUUGUUUACAAGGGUCAAGAUAAGCCAGGGUUCUUGAAGAAGAUAUCUUUGAGGUUCAAGGAACCAGAAAAUACUACGUUAUUUAUUCUAGACAAAUUCGAUGGGAACUCUGAACUGGUCGCUGAGUUGGUUGCUGUAAAUGGAUUCAAAGCGGCCUAUGCAAUAAAAAGUGGUGCGGAAGGACCCCGAGGAUGGAUGAACAGUGGUCUUCCCUGGACACGACCAAAGAAAGCACUAAGUCUUGACUUCAUUGGGGCAGUUGGAGAAGGAUCUGAGGCCCUGCCUGUUAUCCUUGGUAUUGCUGCAGCUGCUGGAUUAGGUUUAUUAGCAUUCACUGAGAUAGAAACGAUUCUCCAACUUCUUGGGUCAGCUGCGAUUGUUCAGUUAGUGAGCCAGAAACUCCUAUUCGCGGAGGAUCGAAAGCAAACUCUUAAACAAGUUGAUGAAUUCUUGAACACCAAAGUUGCCCCCAAGGAGCUUGUCUAUGACCUUAAGCAAAUUGGGCAGGCCCUAUUACCCUCACUUGUGACUAGCAAGCCUCUUCCAGCACCUGCAGAGGUAGACCCAGAGCCUACAACUGUACAGGAAGCCAAGCCAGCUCAGUUCACAGCACAAAUUAAUUCAAUACCCAGCACAGAAGCCAAGGCGGAACCAAGUUUUGGAUUUCCCAGACCUCUUUCACCAUAUCCAUAUUACCCAGACUUAAAGCCUCCAACAUCUCCUACUCCAUCACAGCCAUAGUUCCACUGAACUCCGGCUUGGAUUGUCGAUCUCUUGUUUCUUCUACAGACAACUGAUCGGUCGGCAACAAUUAUAAAGCUAUCUAGUGAAUUGUGCAACCUAAGAUCUUAAAUGAAGUCUUCCAGGUUGCAAGACUACUGGGUUGAGAAACUGGUAAGAAGAAAGGGAGAAAACAAACGAAACUGCCAUGAAUGGAUGAUAAUAUGGUCCAAACCAUCCUUUUGAAUCUUUUAUGCUGCUUAAUUCACCCCUCUGUGAGUUUUAGUUAUCUUCUUGUUGACAUUGCUGUUUUAUUCACCUUUUUGUGGAACUAUUUCUCUGUAGAUGCCAUGGAACUAUUCACCUUUAAGUCUAUCCAUAAAUAAAGUGGGAUCAUUGUA